GCACGCCGCUUCCGCCAUUUCUACAAGGUGUGAUUACCGGCAAGACAACCGGCUUCAGAACUUAGUUUCUCAGAAUUUUUGAGACGAAGUAAACAGAUAUCAUCAUGAGUUGGCAGUCCUACGUUGAUGAGCAGCUUAUUGGUUCGGGAUGCGUAAAGCAUGGCGCAAUUGUUGGUUUGCAGGGUGGAACGUGGGCAGCAAGUCCAGGAUUCGCGGUUUCUGAGGCCGAGAUUGCGAAGUUAGUAAAGGGAUUCGGAGAAGCAUCGUCGUUGCAAGCGGAAGGCGUGCAUGCCAACGGUAUAAAGUACAUGUGCCUAAAUGCGGGGGACAAAGUCAUUCGUGCAAAGUUUAAGAACACCGGACUAGUUGCUGCAAAAACAAAUCAAGCUGUUCUUAUUGGUUACUUUGAGGAGCCGAUGCUGAUUGGAAACUGCUCAGCAACUGUAGAAAAACUACAAGAUUACCUGAUUGGUUGCGGUUAUUAAGUAUAUUGAGAGGCAGUCAAGCAAGUAACCUUGUAUCUAGAUCCAGCGAUCGCCUUGAGCAAGUAAAGCUUCGAAAUUCAUUGUUAAUGACACUGUAUACAGUUUUCCUCAGUUAAGACACCCAAACCACUCUAGCUUUCGCAAAAAUUUGGAAAGCCGCAUACGAACUGAUUUGUCGUGUCAUUCAAAAAUAACGCGUCUAGCUUCAGCCGGUCUCCGUAUCUUUUUUGUAUGAUGUGUGCGAUGUACAUGUAUGUUUUGUAACGUGGUGUCCCGCGGUGCGUGGGGCGGUCUGAAGUCGCGCGGCAUUGUGCGCUCGAGCUCGUGAGGUUCGACCAAUCGUCGGCCGUCGCAGGCGCUGCCGCUUUGCUGGGAGGUUUGUUAAUUUCUUAGUGUUAUAUUUUUACGAACGUAGUAAACGCAGUGAAACAGCGAGCGGUCAACAUGACUGGGCUGGCAUGCUGCCAGUCGCGGCUGCAAAUCGUUCCUCUAGUUGAAAUUUCGGGGGGGGGACCGAAUGAAUUUCAGUGGGAAAAAAAUCAUUCGUGAUCUGAUUGCAAUGAAAUGUGAUGCGGUGUUUUUACGCGACUGCUGACGAAUCACAGAUUGGCGAGCGUUAUCAAAAAAUACACAAUUGUAAUGCGUAAAUUUUAUAAUGUUUUACAAAGUACCGAGACAGUGUUUGGAAGAAUUUCUUAAAUUGAAGUGAGAUCAUCAAUUCUGUGUUCGUUUCCAGAUGUCAUUAUAGGCAUUGUGUGCAUCUAGCCAUAAAUUGCACAUUCCAAAUCGCUGUAUUAGUACUAAAAUGGGUAAUAAAAACAGAAUAAUGAUAUCAGAGUAGGUGAUUUUUGUAACCAAGUUUCAGCAUAAUUCGAAUUCAGACGUUUUCGGCGAAUCGUUUAUUUUUGUACACGAAAGCAGCUGUCAGGUAAAGGCGAGCGAUCACGUGUUAACUUGUUUUUUAGUGAUAAUUUUUGCUGUCUGUCUGUAGGCAUACAAUGUUGCAGUUUGAGUUUCCCGGCGCUAGUAGUUGCUCGCUUACAUAUCAGUAAGAAAGUGUCUGUUGUUGGUAAGGACGUGGUGGUGGUGGAUUCAUGCAUGCAGUAUUACGGGGGGCGCGUCUGCCAACUGAAGCGGCUGUUACACACCGGGAGUCGCUGUCGCGAGCCUGUGUGUGACUUACAGUUACACUCGCAGCAGAUGGGAGGCGCGCGCGUGCGUGUAGUGGCAUGCAUGUCUAAAUGCAGGCGACGUAGUUUCGGGUUGCAUACGCUGUCGCUGUCAGCGUGUGGCAGAUGGCACGUCUGAAACCUAUGUUGGGGGGAUGCUGGGCUGUGCAAGUCACAUCGCGCGGCCUGUUACCUACAGCAGUCAACACCUCUCCCCCAUCAUUCUCUGUCUCUCUCUCCCUCUCUCUCCCACUCUCCCCUUCUCUGCAUCCCUCACCGUCUUUAGAUCGCUCUCCCUCUUUCCAACCCUCCCUCACUCUCUCACUGUUUCCUCUCGAUCGCCCACUUAGUAGUGACAACGUGUAUUUGUCCGAGGUAUGAUUUCGCGCGCCGAUUGGCGUUCGAGGACGGGCGUCUCUCAUCCUCACUGUCAGUCUCCUGCUUUGCUCCGCCGCGCCUCUGCUGCUACACGAGGUUUCACUCGGGGCGCGCGAUGUAAGCAAGCACUGCCAGCCCUGGAAACUAAUCAAGGUGCUCGCUGUACAGUCUCGGUCUUCUCCCGUGGCCUUACGAGGGCAACGACGCCAACGUUCGACUCGUUUAUUCGUGCUGCCAGCUAGCGGCGUGUUAGCGAGCAGAGGUGUGAUUAGCUCUAGAACUAUAUGGCCCUUCACUAUAUGCCUGUGGCAGAGCGAAGGGCUAUAGUUCUAGAGCUAAGGCGCGAUGUGUUGAGUGAUAUAUCGGUUUAUUUUGUUCUCCGUUCUUACACGUGGAUAUUAAAAUCGUUACUAGUUUGCUUGCUCGGUGGUGUUACUUCUACUCGCGUUAGCGUUCUUCGUCUGAGCGAGGCGGUAUCCUGUUCUCCUGCUUGCGUGGGUGGGAUUUGUGAGGCGCCGGGGGAGGGGAGGGUGACCGGACUCUUUGCGCAGCGUGUCUGCGGGCGUCAGUUCGGUCUCCUUCUAGUCGGCGUAGAUGGCGUAGGUUAACGCCUGCUGCCAUCCGGUAGUGGUAGGGCACCUGUGCACCCCGUCUUGCACAGCCCGCUGAGAAAUCUAGCGCCUGAUGCAGGGCGUGGCAUGGUUGAAUGUAACGCGCUAAGAUGACAUCGGUUUCCUCCACACGAGGGCCGUAGUCAGUUCCUUCUAGUUACCGGCGCCAGUAAGUAAUUCGUAGAACUUUGGGUGUCAUCAGAGAGAGUCGUAACACUUUGCGGGACCUUGCGCUCAUUCAUUAGAGCUUCCAUACAUGCAAUCACCCUUGGAGCUAAUGUCUGUAGAGGUGUAAUUGUCACGUAGACAGGAAAGUUCUACCGGGAAAACCGAUAAGGGGUCGGCACAAUGGGAGUGUUCGGUGGGAUAGUCACAUCCUCGUGAGUAACCAGCUGUUGACUUGCAUACCAUUCUAUAUACCAAUAUGCUCAGCUUAUAGCAUUUUAGUUUCACUGAUGAACUAAGGUCAUGGGUUUUCCGGCUUUGUAUCCCAAUAAUAAAUAAUUAACACUGUACCGUAUCAGCAGCUGGUAUCAUGAUAAUAAACGGUCGUAAAAUACA